CUUUUAGGGUCCCCCUUUGGCACAUUUUACUCGUUUUGAAGUGUUUGGAGACGCACUCGUGAUGUUGACACGCCAGAGUGUCUUUAACUUUAAUCGAAAUGCCACGAGCGUGAAAGUCAUCAGGCUGUCACGGAUCUGCGCGUGGCCAUGACCGGCAUGAUAAAGAACCGGACGCUAUUUCAGCGAGGAAAACGGCUAAUGGGCGAAAGAUGAGGAGAAAAACAAUAGCGAAGCGCAUACUGUACAAUGGAUACGAGAGAUACGAGGAGACAGCCGAGGAAACCGGCGCGAGGGCGAACCACGUCUUCAGUCAAGAACCGGCGAAGAGGAGAAAAUGGAGAGGACUAAAUGGAGAGGACAUCUCACCUUGUAAUGUUGACUACAUUAAGUUCAAAACAAAGGCUUUUGAGGUUGAUAAAGCCCUUGGAGAUGCAGCUAGGGAUACAGACUUUACUAUGGAGGUGCUCGGAAGCCUCCAAUCACGUUCAAGGGCGGAGCUUAUUGCCAUGGUGUUGAGCAUGCAGAGGGAGAUGGACGGCCUCCGAGAGCAGAUCAGGAGCCUCACAGCUUGUGGGAAGUUGGCUCAGACACUUGAAGAGUUGAUCGAGAGGAGUGAUAGAUGGCUGUGCUGCUGCCACAAAGCUGCAACUCUCAGCAUUCCUAGGGAGCAGGAGAGAAGCAGGCCACCCAGUCACAUCUCUCCUCCAGCAGAGCUCAGUGGAACAACAGCUGAAUGUGCAAGUUCAGAGCAGCAGGGGUGUGGUCAGUAUGAGGUCACACAAACAAUGCCGCAGAGGAAUGGAGCGCCCCUCGAACAAAAAGUUAUCACUGCUGAUCUACUAGAGCACUGUAACACAGGGACCACCGCUCAAAAACUAACCAACGACCUGCUGCGCAGCCUCUAUGACAGAGACUGUCUGGCUUCUCACUCAAUCUCAGGCAUCGUUAACAGCAAACGAGGGAUGCCGAAGCCAGCUCUUCCUGCCCAUGAGAUCCAGGCCAUUUUAAGGACAGUGCAACAGUUCUUCCCUGGAAAGACAGAUUCAGAAAUAAAGGGCUACAUUCGACAGAAGCUUCAGAAUGAGGCCAAGAGGCUUCGGAAAAGGCCACAUCCUGCUGAUGAAUUAUUGGUGGGAUCUCUGGAGGAGGCAGGAGCAAUGUAUGAGCAUUGAGAGUUGGCAUCUUCAAUGAACUUGAAGAAUUCACAAUUUAGCAUCACAAAAGUCUGUUAGUAACCUUUAAGGGAUAGUUUUGUCACAUUAGUUCUGUCAUAAUUUACCUCAGUUUUUAGACUUGUUUGCAUGUAGGUUUGAAAUGAUAUGAAGGUGAGUAAAUCAUGACAGAACUUUUCAUUUUAAGUAAGAGUGCACAGUUAACUGAAAUAGCACAGAAAAUCCAAAGAGCAGUAAAGAGAAAAUAGAGUAAAGAGCAGUACUGUGGUCAUUUACAUUUGCGAAGUGUGUAUUCAGUGUUUGUCAGGGUCUCAUAAGAACACGGCUCACAGAAAAUUAUGAGCUGUGAUGGUACUUAUUUUAAGUGCUUUUGAGAAGACAAAUUGCACCAAAUAUCAUGACAAAACAAGAAGUGCUUAAAAAGAGAAGCCUCAAGAUAUUUUAGCAUUGAAUGAAUGUGGUAUUUAAAUGCCUUUUGAUUGAUUGAUUCAUCACAAUUUCACAAUUUAACAGUUGCAAUCUCAUAUUUUGGACAAUUCAAUACAACAAUAGAAACAUUUUUUCAUAUUUUAAGGUUUUUAUUCAUUAGUAGCAAUAAUAAUCCAAUAAUUAAUUACAAUUAUUUUAUAUAUAGGGUGGCGUGGUGGCGCGGUGGGUAGCUCUGUUGCUUCACAGCAAGACAUUCGCUGGUUCGAGCCUCGGUUGGGUCAGUUGGCAUUUCUGUGUGGAGUUUGCAUGUUCUCCCCAUGUUUGUGUGGGUUUCCCCCACAAGUCCAAACACAUGUGCAGUAUGUGUGUGAAUGAGAGUGAAUGGGUGUUUCCCAGUGAUGGGUUGCAGCUGGAAGGGUAUCUGCUGCAUAAAACAUGCUGGAUAAGUCGGCGGUUCAUCUGUGGCGACCCCAGAUUAAUAGAGACUAAGCCGAAAAGAAAAUGAAUGAAUGAAUUUGAUAUAUAUUAAUCUUAUAUGACAUACAGUUUAAUCACGGAGUCCUACAAACAAGCACAGCAAACCUGGAGCUUUAUUUAUUUUAUAUCACAUUUUAAAUCCCAAUCAUACUAUUCAUCAGCACAAUCGCAAAUACAUUUCUCCCCACAAAUUGUGCACUCCUAUUUUUAAGUGAACUAUCCCUUUAAGAUUGUAUCUGAAUGGUUUUGUCAACGUUAUAGAGUACAUGACAAGCUAUGUAUGUAUGAUUUUUAUCAUUUUGAUUACACAAAACUGUGACUUUUCUAUUGAAAUGAAAUUGCAAAGCGAACCUUGGAGUCACAGUUCGAAGUAGAUGAAAAAACAGUAGCUUCGGCGUAUCACUGCCAGACGUUAUAACACACUGUUUGUCGUGCGCUAAAACUUGGAGUGAAGUAGACUAAAGCUGCGAACCCAGCAGCAGAUGGUUAAGCAUCGCUCUCCUGUAAAAUUACAUGGAUGUCACUUGGUAGGGGGGUUACAUCGUGAUUGAUGUAGUUCAGACUUGUGGUAUUUUAGUUGAUCACAUGUUGAAAGUGUGCCCGCCGUGUAACGUGAAUAUAUUUUCUGUGAGUGUGUGUGAUGUGACGCACAUGUGCCUCUUCUAUUGGACUCCUUACUGUGGCCUUAUCAGUCAGAAAACGCAGUAGUACAGUUCGAAACCACUGUGAUAAUAUCCAUUAAAAGAAACGACAUGUCUGUCUUGAAUGCGUUGCGUCUACUUUUUUUGUGUGUCUUGAUUGCAGAUUCUGUUCUAUUGAUUCGACUGCAUGAAAGCGUACACCAUUUCACCUUUCCAGACAGAAGCACGCAGGCUCCUGAAGGCCGACGGCUGUGUGAGUAAAUUAACCCCGCACUCACCAGCUGUAUCACCACACACACACCCCUUUCUAGGGAGAAAAACACAUCAGCGAACACAUGGCACAAAGGACGGCGUGGGAACUGCAUAUGGUACAUAAUCAAUAGGCCUUAUCGCGCACACACAACCCAAACCGCAGACGCACCAGCAUUGGGCUAGACCAUUAUCAGUGAUACAUGACCCUAAUCCAUUUAUGUGUCAAUGAUACAACAGAUUGGGGUUCAGGAAAACAGCGGUGUCGCACUAGGGACGAUAUCUCCACCGAUCCAGCCAUCUUACAGACCCCGGCUGUAUUUCCACUGGCCCGAUCUGCUAACAGCAAAUCAAUGGGCUUCUUUUGUUUCUUCAGGUUCAGACAUCCUCAUUGUGUCAUUGCGUUAUCGCUGGCUUGUGCGUAAAUCGCUUUGAAUUCGCCACCAGGAUAGAGGCCUCUCCUUCAAUGUUUUCUUUUAUCUAAUGCGAGGAUGUAAACGUUGCGAGGAAGCGAAUAUUUCAGCGCCGCCAUUUGAUCUCUUGAAGGCUCCGGCUGAUUUACGAAUAUGAGUUGUGUGCGCCAAUAUUUUCACUGCGCAGUCAAAGAAAACUUCAAAGUUGGAGGUUGGAGCGUUGAACAGUCCUGCGGGCUUGCAUCCUUCUCUGAAGGGGCCAAUGCAAACACGCCUCGGCCCUCGGCGGGACUCUCGCUGAACCUGGGUAAAAACAGCAGGGAAGACAACCGAAAUUAAACGUUUGCAGAACGCAGGAGAAACGCCUCCUUCUGUAGGCCCAUGCGUUUCCUGCAGAGCUGUAAUAUGUCAUCUGGGCAGCCACUUUGGUGGAGGACAUAUCCCACAAUGCCCUGCAAGGCAGGGUGCCAUGGUACCCGUUGCGGCUCACUAACACGCCUCCACGUGCCAUCUUAACUUUUCAUUUGUCUUCUUCUACCUGUCAAGCAGAGGAGGAAAUUAUUCGGAGGAACGCACCUCCCCAGUGGAUUCCUGAUCUAUCAUUUGUGCUUCUGUGCUUUUAAAUGACUUUGCACUUCUGUUCAAGGAGUCACAAGCGUCUUGGAUGAGCAGAAAAAGUCUGUUUUGAUCAUCUUAAUCCUGGCCCUAGUAUAUAUUGUACUUUUUUAGAGAUUUAUUCAGUAUAAUAUAAUACCACAGACCACUAUUGUUUUGCU